AUGGGUUUAGGAAUUUUGGAAGACCGUCAUAUGGACCAUGUGCCGGGGACGACGAGGCACUAUCACGAUCCCAACCGGACGGUCCGCGUUGAAGAACGCGCAACUAGCCUCAAGACCACCGAAGAUGGCAUUAUACUGGUGCCGCAGCCAUCCGACGACCCCAACGAUCCUCUCAACUGGCCAUUGUGGAAGCGUGAUCUGAUCACUGCUAUCUUGUCCAUCACAGCAAUCUUCGCAACGUCACUCGGCCCCAUCCUGGCAGCCAACACAAUCACGCUGUCGCUAUGGUUCGGCCAAAACCUGACCAAGGUGGCCAUCCUGACCGGCUACUUCCUACUUGGCGUCGGCGCCGCGGGGACCUUUUUCGUCCCCUCGAGCCGCAUCUGGGGCAAGCGCCAUACCUUCGUCGUCGGCCUGCUCAUCCUCAUCGGCAGCUCGGCCUGGGGCGGUGCCGUGUACAAGAAUUACGACAGCAUGGUGGGCGCGCGCGUGGUCCAGGGCAUCGGCGCCGCGCCCUACGAGGCCCUCGUCAACGCCGCCGUCGGCGACCUGUAUUUUGUGCACCAGCGAGGCAAGAGGAUGGCAUUUACCAACCUGGCCGUUUUUGGCGGCGCCUUCUUCACGCCUAUUGUGGUUGGUGUGAUCACACACUCCAUCAUGUGGUGGUGGACUUUCUACAUCGUUGCCAUCUUGUGCGCGGCCUGCCUGCCCUUGGUGUUGUUCUUCUGCCCCGAGACGGCCUACAAGCGCGACCAGUCUCUCAACACAGACAUGGCGCUAGACGACCAAGGAGGCCAUCAGCUUCACACAUUCUCCGAGGGCAGAGACAGCCCCCCGGCCCAGGGGCAGAACACAGCUGAUGAGGAGAAGUUGGUGAGUGGCAGCGCACAGCAGGGACAAAAUGAUGCAACCGCGAAACAGAUCCCGAGGAAGAAGACCUUCAGGGAGUCGAUGGCCCUCUUUGACGGCCGCAAGACGGACGAGUCGUUUUGGAAACUGCUGUUUAGACCCUUUGUGCUUCUUAUUGCCCAACCGGCAUUCCUCUGGGCGAGUUUGAUCCAGGGCACAAUGAUCGGCUGGACCGUGUUCAUCGGCGUCAUUUUGGGCAAUCUGUUCCUCGGCCCGCCCAAGUGGUGGAACGAGGUCGACACGGGAUAUGCUUACGCAGGCCCUUUUAUCGGCGCCAUCGUCGGCUUCCUCAUCUCUGGUGGAUUGUCAGACUGGUCCGCCAAGAAGCUCACCAAGUGGAACAAUGGCAUCUACGAGCCAGAGUUCCGCAUCUUGCUCACGAUUCCACAGCUCAUCAUUGGGUGUGCCUCCCUGUACGGCUUCGGUGCGACUGCCGAUGCUAUAUAUCGGAACGAGGCCGACGCUCCCGCUUUGCUGCUUUGCUUUGGGCUAGAGGUUGCGGCAAUGGUCAUCGGUGCCGUGGCAAGCUCGCUGUACAUCGUAGACGCGUAUCGGGAUCUGUCCAUUGAGGGUUUCACAUGCAUGAUUAUCUUCAAGAACUUUUUCAGUUAUGGUCUGACAUACAAGGCCUACGACUGGUGGUUGGAGCUGAAGACAGUGUCCACCCCCCUUUUCAACAUUAUCGCCACUGUUCAGCUGCUGAUCUGUCUAACGAGCAUUCCCAUGUACAUUUGGGGCAAGCGGGUUCGCAGCUACUACUACCGCCACGAUAUUCUGGCAGCAUGUGGACUCAGGUAA